AUGGCAGACCCAGACAUGGACGAGUUUGCACAGACUCGCGGCGCCGACGACCUAUUCGACGAUGAGAUUAUCCCUAUCUCCACAGAACAGCAGCAGGCACAGACUGAGGUCAUUACCCCCGAGCCAGAGCCAGAGCCGCAGGAGGCACACGUACCUGAGAAACCAGCUCCCGAGCAGCCAAGUCCACGUGGGGAGACUCCGCAGCGGGGCCGGGGCGGAGAACGAGGCCGAGGACGACGGAGCCGGGGCAAAGGAGGGCGCGGUGGACGAGACUCAGAGCAAAAACGGUCAGAAAGCUCUCCGCGCAAAAAGACCCCUGUCAAUGCGCCUGCUGCGGAUGCACGCGAGGCUCCUACUUCGAAACCGGAGAAGCCUAAAGAGGCUAAAGAGCAGACCGGUCCGGUCGAAGAGAAUAAUGGUGAAGAUGUGACUGCGAAUGGUGCUGAGGCUCAGCGUGUGCCUGCUGUUAGGGGCGAUCGGAGUGCCACUGGAGGGCUAAGAAAGCCUAAACUCACGGAAGAGGAACUAUCCAAACGCAUUGCUGCAGCUAAGGAGAAUGCCGUAAAGAAAGCUGCGGCCCAUGCUCGCGCCGAAGCUGAUCAGGCGUCGUUUAUGGAACGCGAGCAGGAGGCGGCAAAGAAACGUCGCGAAGAACUCGCCCACCGUCGCGUGAUGGAUACUGAACGUGAGAAAAACAGACAGCGGAAGCUGAAAGCUCAAACGGGGCGUGAAUGGGACUCACAGAAACGCGAGGAAGAUUAUGACCCCCGCGGUGGAGGCAGCCAAUUCCGACGCGGUAUGCACGGUGGCGUGUCUGGCGCUGUGCGACGAGACUUUGAAGAUGGUCGUUCAGAACAGGCCGCAGACCAUAGUAAUGGUCAUCGGGGUCGUGGACGUGGUGGUCGAGGUGGCCGUGACCGUGGAUCUCCGCGUACCCCACAAGGAGACCGGCCACGCAAGGGAGGCCUAUCUGAUAGUAUGUAUGCAACAGAAAGCCCUACUGCGCUGGGUUUGGAUGAUAAGAGCGCAUUCCCGGCUCUGCCCAAGGGACCCAAGAAGACCGAGACUAAAUCUGUGUCCACGCCGGUGAGCAAGGAGACUAAGCCAGAGACUAAGACUAAGGCUGAGACGAAAAUCGAGCCCGAAACUGCCCCCGCACGGGCCAAGUCACCAUCAGCAAUGGACAAGUUGGACUCGACGUUUUCACCUAUCACUGGAACUUGGGCUGACCAGUUUGAGGAUGAGUGA